AUGCAUCAAUUUCCUCAACACCACCACACGGACCUACACCAAACUGACUUCAACAGCAACAACAAUUACUUUAACGCUCCCUUGGAAGCGGAAAUUAUGCUCAUGGAAGAACUCAUCGUACAAACCUAUAACAAUCUGUCAAAAGACUACUGUGAUCCAAUGCAGUGCAGGCUGUUCUCAGCCAUUGCAGAUCACGACAGCAAAUCAUUCUUUGUCGAGACAUAUGCGAAAGAACCCGCAGACAACUCAAAAGCAGUGCCAGAUGCUUUCGAGGAAGAUGCCAACAACUUCUCCAAAGAAAACAAAAACAACAAAAACAAAAAUGUCAACGUAAGAAUCCGUUAUGAUCUUAUUGGAUUCUGUGACAAACCAGCUACCAUGCAAUUGCAUGGAGCAAUCUUUUUUCAUCAAGAUAUUUCCAAGACCACAGCUUGUGUUCUGGAAUCGGCCAAUCCAUCAGCCCUCAUGUCACAAGAGCCAAACAACAUGGAGGAUGACAUUUCAGCCGACCCAGACACAUCUGAUUAUAGGAAGAGAGAUGGCGUUGUGAGAGCCAGACACAACUACCGUCACCACAUCUUGAUGAUUCAUCGGGAACAACAACAGAAACGCACAACCUAUCAAGACCAAGGAUUCGACAGAGACACCACCAUUGCCGAGUCCCACCCAAGCUCUUGUUCCUGUGUCAACGAUUUUCCCGAAAGGAGGGCACCUACAGAAAUUGAAUUUGUGAGAGCUCUCAAUGAGAUCAUUACCAAUGCAUCAAACAAGCCGGGAUUGGUAGAACAGACCAGUGGAUACGUGACUGAUGUUGUUGAGGAUUCCACCCUGCACACAUGCAGCCGUGAUGUAGGAUACCUUGAAACUGUCAUCUUUAUUGAUGCUGGUCACACAGGCAACAAUAUUGAUGCCCUCUCCCAGUCAGAGAAAGCUCUCAUCGAACAGAGCAUCAUGCAGACUUUCAAUGAGUUAGCUUUUUGGGCAUGUGAUGAACCUUACCACCGAAGAAUUGAAUCCGUCGAACUCACUGAAAUCAUUCCCAGCACAGGUGUUCUGGUCGUCAACAUUGUGGCAUCAUGCCGUGAUUGCGAUGACGAUGAACUACUCUUGUUCACGGAGAAUCCCAUGAAUUUCCAGGACGUUUUGUACAUGCCACUUGUCCCCUUUGUUGCUGCCAACAACAAGGAGGAUCAAGCUAUCUGUUUCUGUGCAGCCAACAUGGAAGAAGUCCUCAGGUCACCUUACAUUACAGAGUUCACUGAAGCCCUCAAUCUAGUCAUUGACACUUUGGUUCAAACUGGAGCCCUCGAGAAUCUCAGGCAGAUCGCUUCUUUGGUGGAGGUUGAAGUUUUUGGGGGGUCCCCAGAAAAGGAGUCUUCUGAGAUGUCUCUUGUUUUGUGGGGUCCGAAAGCUGAAGAUAUGACUGACUCUGAUAUAUCUUUGCUUGAAGACAUUGUCGCAAGGGAGUACAAUCACCUCUCUGGUGUCAGUUGUGACGUUCCCUAUUUCCGGAGAAUUUCAAGAGCUCAGUUUGUACGCCCAGGCCACAGCGAGGUUGAAAGCAAUCCACAAUUGCAAGACAAUGGUCUCCAGUUUGAUAUUACUGUGGAACACAUAGGCUGCCCUUCUGGUCUGUUUGACCAUGUUGAGCCUGCAAGCUCCAACCCAAUUUGGAAAUCGGAAAGCUUCGCUAACAAGUGUUUCGAUCUGGGGGGUGCAAAAGGUGUGGAGCAUCCUAGUCACUCCAAAAGGACACAUUUUGCAAGCACUUUGUCCCAGCUGAGCCUUCGGAGCAAAAGUUCACUUUGCUUGCGGGCUGUGCUCGGUAGCAAUGCCGUGAAUGUCACAAACUAUUUGAGUUUGAUUGGCAGUGCCGUCGCUGAUCUUACAGAAAAAGGGCAGCUUUCAAGAGCUGUCAUCGUUUCUGAUGUGGCUGAGACUGGAUCAAUAAAUUGCCAGGAGUUGAUGCCGGAAUCUUCAAGGAGACUCGUUCCAAGCACCACUCAGAGUCUGUACAUUCGUGGCUUGAAAUGCUAUUCAAUCAGAAACCCAUCUGAUCCCAAUACCAAUUUUGCAUUUGGUUGGAAACAGCUGAAUGGCUGUGUUGAUACAAACAAUGCUUGGGUUAACUUUGAGGAUGCUGGUGCCUUGUUAAAGCCAUCAGGAGAUCUCAAUUGUCCCACUGCUGGUAGAGGGCAAUUCAAAGUGGAGUGCCUACAACCAGCUAACAAUGGAUUCAAGAAGGCCAAAAUAGAAUCUGAUGUUCCAGUUUGGGUGCACAUCAAGGGAGGAUCGUGGCCUUAUGGAACCUUUGUGGCCACCACCAACCAGGAACCUUAG